CCAACGAGCUCAGCGGGCUGGUGGCACUGACGGACCUGCUGCUGUCCCAGAACCUGCUGGAGUGCAUUCCAGAUGGCAUUGGUCAGCUGAAGCAGCUCUCCAUCCUCAAGGUGGACCAGAACCGGCUGACAGACAUGACAGAAUCCAUUGGGGACUGUGAGAAUCUGUCUGAGCUCAUCCUGACUGAGAACAUGCUGACAGCCUUGCCCAAGUCCCUGGGCAAGCUGGGCAAGCUGACGAACCUGAACGUGGACCGGAACCGGCUGACGGCGCUGCCAGCAGAGAUCGGGGGCUGUGCCAACCUCAGCGUCCUGUCCCUGAGGGACAAUCGGCUGGCACUGCUGCCCCCCGAGCUGGCCAACACCACCGAGCUGCACGUGCUGGACGUGGCUGGCAACAGGCUGCAGAACUUGCCCUUUGCUUUGACAAAUCUUAACCUGAAGGCCCUGUGGCUGGCAGAAAACCAGUCCCAGCCCAUGCUGAAAUUCCAGACCGAGGACGAUGAAAAGACAGGAGAAAAGGUUCUCACUUGCUACCUGCUCCCCCAGCAGCCCUCUCCCAGCCUGGAGAACCUCCUGCAGAACAGCGUGGAUGAGAGCUGGACAGACACCAACCUGAACAGAGUCAGUGUGAUCCAGUUCCUGGAUGAGCCCAAAGGAGAGGAGGACGAGGAGUCUGGAGCUGAGAGACGAGGCCUGCAGCGCCGAGCCACGCCCCACCCCAGCGAGCUGAAGGUGAUGAAGAAAGUGAUCGAGGUCCGGCGCAACGAGGUCAACGCUGCAAGGGCUGAUGCCAACCCCAGCUCUCCCAACUCAGAUGAGAAGAGGCUCAGUGCCACGUCCCAUCGCAGCGAGGACUCUCACCUGUCCAGCAGCACGGCCUCCGUGGAGGCCAGGCCGGAGGACAGGGAGCGAGGCUGGCCCAACGGGCAGGGCCCCGAGCUGCGGGACCCGGACAGGGAGGCCAAGGCCAGAGAGGAAGAGGAGCACAAGGAAGCCGCUGAGCAGGAGGAGGAAGAUGUGGAAGUGGAAUACAAUGAGCCCACCGUGCACUUUGCUGAGGACACGCUGAUCCGCAGUGAGGAUGAGGAUGAGGAUGAAGAGCGGCCGUUCCCGGUGGAGAAGCAGAGGCUCAUCCGCAAGGACACGCCCCACUACAAGAAACACUUCAAGAUCACCAAACUGCCCAAGCCAGAGGCAGUGGUGGCACUUCUGCAGGGGCUGAACAGCGAUGGGGUCCCCAAAGAGGAAGAGGAGUUGGGAGGCUGCAAUAACAACGCAGAGCCCAGGGAUCAGGAGGAAUUGUGGGAUGAGGAGGACAGGAGGAACGGAGCUUUGUCUGCUCAGCCAUCCGUGAAGGGGGUGUCGUUUGAUCAAGCCAAUAAUCUGCUGAUUGAACCUGCUCGCAUUGAGGAGGAAGAGCUCACCCUGACCAUCCUGCGGCAGACAGGGGGUCUGGGCAUCAGCAUCGCGGGGGGCAAGGGCUCCACGCCCUAUAAGGGGGACGAUGAGGGCAUCUUCAUUUCCCGAGUGUCUGAGGAGGGGCCUGCAGCUCGAGCCGGGGUCCGUGUUGGUGACAAGCUCCUGGAGGUGAACGGCGUGUCCCUGCACUGUGCCGAGCACCACGUGGCCGUGGAGGCUCUGCGGGGCUCGGGCAGCUCGGUGUCCAUGACGGUGCUGCGGGAGCGGAUGGUGGAGCCCGAGAACGCCAUCACCGUGACCCCGCUGCGGCCCGAGGACGAUUACAGCCCCCGGGAGCGGCGUGGGGGGCUGCGCUUCCCCGAGAGCCCCGAGGCGGCGCCGGCCACCGAGCGAUUCUCCACCUGCCUCAUGCGCAACGAGAAGGGGCUGGGCUUCAGCAUCGCUGGGGGCAAGGGCUCCACUCCGUACCGGGCUGGGGACACGGGGAUCUUCAUCUCCCGCAUUGCAGAGGGCGGUGCUGCCCACCGGGAUGGGAUCCUGCACGUCGGGGACCGAGUCAUCUCGAUCAAUGGGGUAGACAUGACAGAAGCCAGGCAUGAUCAGGCCGUAGCGCUGCUUACCGCGGCCUCCCCCACCAUCGUGCUGCUGGUCGAGCGGGAGGGCGAGGAGCAGCCGGGCCAGGGCCACGGAGGCUCCUCGGCCCGAGCCCGCAUGCACUCCCCCCCGCCCCCCGGGCCCGGGGACAGCCACAGCCCGCCCGAGGACACACCUGCAGCGCCGAGGAACCACCUGUGCAAGGGGCUGGAGGAUCAGUACCCCAUCGAGGAAAUUCACCUGGUCAAAGCAGGUGGUCCCCUGGGCCUCAGCAUCGUGGGAGGCAGUGACCAUUCCAGUCAUCCCUUCGGGAUUCAUGAGCCAGGUGUCUUCAUCUCCAAGGUGAUCCCGCGGGGGCUGGCGUCGCGCAGCGGGCUCCGCGUGGGGGACAGGAUCCUGGAGGUGAACGGCACCGACCUGCGCCACGCCACGCACCAGGAGGCCGUGAACGCCCUGCUGGCCAACGGCCAGGAGCUCACCCUGCUGGUCCGCAGGGACCCCCCUCCUCCUGGCAUGCAGGAAAUAUGCAUUGAAAAGGCUCCAGGAGAGAAGCUGGGCAUCAGCAUCCGGGGUGGAGCAAAGGGCCAUGCUGGCAACCCGUUUGAUCCCACUGAUGAAGGCAUCUUCAUCUCCAAGGUGAGCUCCUCCGGGGCUGCUGCCCGGGACGGGCGCCUGCAGGUGGGGAUGAGGAUCCUGGAGGUGAACCACCAGAGCCUGCUGGGCAUGACCCACACGGAGGCCGUGCAGAUCCUGCGGGGCGUGGGCGACGCGCUGCUCGUGCUGGUCUGCGACGGCUUCGACCCCAAGGCUGCGGCUGCCAUCGAGAUGUCCCCAGGAAUCAUUGCAAACCCUUUUGCUGCUGGCAUCGGGCGCAAGAACAGCCUGGAGAGCAUCUCCUCCAUCGACAGGGAUCUGAGCCCCGAGGAGCUGGAGAUCCUGCAGAAGGAGAUGGAAAUGGUGAGAGAAGCCACUCAGUGGGAGAGAGAAGAAAUGGAGAAAGUGGAGCGGAUGCGUAGGGAGCGGGAGGCAGCCACGCAGCAGCUUGAGGAGGAAGCAGAGACUGUCCCCAGUGAACCCCUGCGCUUGGACUACCGGACCCUGGCAGCGCUGCCCAGCAGUGGCCUGCAGAGGGGCAACCGUGCUCCUGUUGAGUGCACUAAGCCCAGCUGCAGCAUGGAGGGCGACUGCACGGUGCUGUCCCCUCCCGUGCCGUGGGACAGCCGGCAAGUGUCCCCAGCCCCAGCGGUGACCGGGCCCCCCCAGCCCCCUGCGCCUCCCCAGCAGGACCCCGAGGGGUGUCCCCUGUCCCAGGAGCAGCUGCCAGAGCCUGCAGAGUGUUUGAUCGACUCGCAGCCCAUCCCCUUCAGCGAGAACCCCUUCGUGGUGGCCAACCGCAGGGGCAAGGCCGCGGGCAGGGCUGGCCUGGGGGGGCCCCCCCUGGGCUAUGGCAGGGGGGGCGUGCUGAAGACCAGCCUGUACUGCAAGGCUCCUGUGGGCGAGUCUGGGACAGGAAAUUCCAGGCGUGAAUCCCCCUAUUCUCCCAGUAAUCCGCAGGUGCCCGCAGCCCCCCGGCCCCCUCACCUGGCCGGCAGGGAGACGCGCUUUGCUUCCAUUAACUUCAUUACAUCUCAGGAUGACAGUAAAUCAACCAAGCCUGGCGUGAUCCAGCCCCUGUCCCGCGUGCGAGCGAGCGCUGGGAGCCCCCGGGCCGAGCAGGGGGAGAGCCCCAACCCCUUCCAGCAGCCCGAGCCCGGCUUCAGGAUGCACAGCUCUCACAAACCACGGCCACCGUCGCCACCCUCCCCUGACGAGGUCCCCAUCAAUGUCAAGCAGGCCUACAAGACCUUCGCAGCAGUGCCCCUCACGUGGGCAGCAGUGUGGCUCUUGCAGGUGGCUGCACACAGCCCUGGGGGACAGCACAGCCCUGAGCAGAGAUCCUUCCGUGAGAGGCAGAAGUAUUUUGAGAUGGAGGUGAAGCAGCAGCACCUGGACAAGCCUCCCAAGCGUGUGUCCUUGGUGGGGGAGGACGACCUGAAGAAGAUGAAGGAGGAGGAAGCCCGCAAGCUGCAGCAGCAGCGAGCCCUCCUGCUGGAGGAGGAAGCUGAGGAGGAAGAGGAGGAGGAAGAGGGGAGGCAGGUGCCUGAGGCUGUGCAGUCCAGCGUCAUCAUCGAGGGCGUGGAGUACAAGGUGGAGAGGCUGAAUGGAAGGAGCAGCCAGGCUCCAGCAGCUCGGCCCUUGGAGCUCAGUGAGAACAGCAGCUCGCAGAGGAAUUCCCUGGAGGAGGGGAUCAGGUCUGAGCAGAGAACCAACUCCAUGGCAGGGCUCUCCCCGGUGCCGUUCCCCGCCGAGCCCGGCGCUCCCGUGCGCACGGCCAAGGCCGAGCGGCGCCACCAGGAGCGGCUGCGCGUGCAGAGCCCCGAGCUGCUCGGCGCCCACGACAAGGACAGGGACAAGGAGCUGUCCCCAGCAGAACGGCGAGCCCUGGAGGCAGAGAAGCGAGCCAUGUGGAGGGCAGCACGGAUGAAAUCUCUGGAACAGGAUGCUCUGAAAGCCCAGAUGGUCAUUGCCAAGUCCAAGGAGGGGAAGAAGCGCAGCACCCUGGAGCAGCUGGCAGAGUCCCCCUCACCUGCUCCAACACCAUCCCCAACGCCACUGGAAGAUUGCAGCCCCAGGAACGUCACUUCCCCAGGAAGGCUGUCAAUGUCUGAAAAGAAGUUUGACUACCGGGAAUUUGCUGCUAUUCCUUCCUCCAAACCUGUUUACGAAAUCCAGUCCCCUGAUGCAGCUGAUGACCUCAGAUACGUCGAUGACAGGAAUAGCUCAGUUCCCCGGGAGCAGGAUGGGCAGCCAGAGGACGAGGACACACUGGGAACACGGGAUCCAUCAGCAGCAGCUCCCUCAGCCCUGGAGGACAUGGCCCUGUACAGCAGCAAGAGGAAGCUCCGGCACAGCCGGCGCAGUCUGGAGACCGCUGUCCCCACAUAGGUGACACCUGGGCAAUGGACUGGCCUGGCACAGCCCUUCCGAGCCUCCUGUGCUCCAGGGACAGCACCAGGCUGCCCCCCUGCCUGCAGACUGGAUGGGACCUGAGCUUCCCGUGAGCUCUGUGGCCAACUGACUCCUCUGAGGCUGUGAACCGCCCUCGUUUCUCACCCAACAGUGCACUGGGGCAAUCCCAAAACUGGGACAACACUGGACUGACUGCUGGCAGAUGGAGAGGAAGGGUGGCCAGGACAGUGGGCAGCUUGUUAGCCUGUAAAUAUUGUGUGUGGGGAAGGGUAGGACAGGGAGAAUGUAGGCGUGUGAGAGUGUGUUAGGCUCCAGCUGUUACUGCCUCAACUUGGGUUUUGUAGUGGUUAAAAGGAGCUUCUCCUCUGGUGGGAAUCAGGAGGAAGGCCCAGCCUGCCUUUACUCCUAUUUAAUUUCCAGUCUUUUGCCAAAAAGCAUCUCCUCCCACCUCCUGCACUGUGUCACCUCACUUCCCUUUGGGAGUGUUUGGGAAUGGGAAGCUUGGAGGCAAAAAGAAGGAAAAAAAAAAAGAAAACAAUCCCACCAGAAUUCCAGCAAAGUGCCUCUCUCUGCCACUGGCACUCUGUGCUCCAGGAAAACAGAGCCAGCUCUGCCACCUGCCUCUGUCCUGGUGGGACACUGCUCCUGCCAGGGCUUUGUGCUGUCCUGGGGACAGGUCCCUCCCUGGAUGGCCACGUCCCCCUUUGUCACACACGAUGUGAGCCACUCCAUGAGCACACAAGUGGAGGAGUCUGACUCCUGUAGCACUGGGGCAGGAAUGGGAUGGAGCCCACAGCCGUAGCAGGGGUGUAGGGGGUGUGUGAGAGCAGUGGGGAGGAGGAAACUCGGGGUAGGACAGGUGGCAGAGGUGGGAGGUGUGACAGCAGGUACCUUAGUGGGUAGAGUUCAGGAACUGGGGGUGGGUAGAAUGUGGCAUUGCUGGGGUCAGGUUGGGAGUUACAGGAUUUUACACAUGGGAGAUACUGGUGGGGAGUCCACAGUGUCCUUGGCUGAAGGGUGGAGUGGGAUGUCACAGGGUGCCUGGUGUGGGCUGGCAGGGAGCACCAGGAGCACCACAGAGCAGGAUGGGGCUGGCCUGUGCCUUGCAAUAACUACACAGUUCCACUUUGCCAGCUCAUUGGCUUCAGGCCCCUGUCCUGGAGGACAGGGAAAAUGCACGUUUGCCCAUGCAAGAGGGAAAAAGGAAAAUGAGAAAUGAGUGGGGGUGUGAGUCCUGGUUUCCACAUGUGGAACAAGGGCUGUGAGCAGGUUCUGUAUCAUGUGAGCUCUGCAGAUGUGGAGGUCACAGCUGCUGCUCCCAACUCUGCCAUCAGCCUCUGCUGCCACUAGUGAGGGAAAACAACCCUUUUCUUUUUUUUUUUUUCACUGCCUCUAACCGUGAGGAAGGUCCGAGCUCGGCACAGUCCCACUCCCUGUCCAUUGGUGCUCUCUGACUCCCCAGUAAAGACCAGGGUUGGACCUUGAGCCUCACAGUGGCUGCGCAGUGACAGGCACAUCUGCUUGUACAUUUGCUGAAGGAAAGAGCUGGAUGCAGUUUUUUGGGUGCAGUUUUUUAGUUGAGCCUCUCCUUUCAUGCCAAAAUCCAGCAGAUCAUUUUAACUGACUCUGUAUGUUUUGAUUUUACAGACUUGUGAAGGGGGAACACUGAUAAUCUCACACUGCAGCUGCAGCUGCUUCCAUCAUCAGCAAUUUGAGCUUUUCCUUUUUAAAUCUAAUUUUAGCAUUUGCUUUUUAACAACAGCAGUUUUGGAAACAAUCCUGGCUGGGUUUUGGUGACUAACUUGUGAUUCUUCUCUCCUUUCCCUGUGCGGUACCUGGUGCCAGGCUCUGGAUUCUCUCCUUUUCUCUCCCAAGAGACUCCGAGGGAAAAUUAGCGCAUCAAGACUGUAACUAGUGAAAUUUGUACAACCAAAGAAAUCUAUUUUGUGGUUCAAGGAUAAUAAAGUUUACUUUACAUUUUAGA